CGCACGGCCGGCGCGUGGUUUCCAUUUGCUCCUCGCCUAGCUAGCUUGUCUCUCUUCCCCGGAGGAGAAAAAGGAGGAGACGAGAGAGAAUUAAUUAUCUCGGAGAUGAGCGGCGGCGGCGAAGGGGCGGCGGCGGCGGAGAGGCAGGAGCUGCAGCUGCCGCCGGGGUUCAGGUUCCACCCGACGGACGAGGAGCUGGUGAUGCACUACCUCUGCCGGCGGUGCGCCGGCCUCCCCAUCGCCGUCCCCAUCAUCGCCGAGGUCGACCUCUACAAGUUCGAUCCAUGGCAUCUCCCAAGAAUGGCGCUGUACGGCGAGAAGGAGUGGUACUUCUUCUCCCCUCGGGACCGCAAGUACCCGAACGGGUCGCGGCCGAACCGCGCCGCCGGGUCCGGGUACUGGAAGGCCACCGGCGCCGACAAGCCGGUGGGCACGCCGAGGCCGGUGGCCAUCAAGAAGGCGCUCGUCUUCUACGCCGGCAAGGCGCCCAAGGGCGACAAGACCAACUGGAUCAUGCACGAGUACCGCCUCGCCGACGUCGACCGCUCCGCCCGCAAGAAGAACACCCUCCGGCUAGAUGAUUGGGUCCUGUGCCGAAUCUACAACAAGAAAGGCGGCGUGGAGAAGCCGAGCGGCGGCGGCGGCGGCGAACGUUCGAAUAUGAUGAGCCACGGGGAGACCGCGUCGGCGGGCUCGCCGCCGGAGCAGAAGCCGGCCGUGCUGCCGCCGCCGCCACCGCCGUACGCGGCGGCGGCGCCGUUCUCGGAGCUGGCGGCGUUCUACGACGUGCGGCCGUCGGACUCGGUGCCGCGGGCGCACGGCGCGGACUCGAGCUGCUCGGAGCACGUGCUGACGACGUCGGCGUCGUCCGGCGGCGUCGUCGAGCGGCCGGAGGUGCAGAGCCAGCCCAAGAUCGCCGAGUGGGAGCGCACGUUCGCCGGCGCCGCCGCCCCGGCUGGCGCCGUCAGCACGGCCGGACCGAUUCUGGGCCAGCUCGACCCCGCCGCCGCCGUCGCCGGCGGCGGCGACCCGCUCCUCCAGGACAUCCUCAUGUACUGGGGCAAGCCGUUCUGACGGCUCGGCUCGGCUCGGCGGCUUGAGCCGGGAGGGAUGAAUGAUCUGAUAUUCUAUCGGGGUGGCUCGGGCGAGCCGCUGGAAUCGAUCGGUGGCCGUUGGAUGGCGGCCGAGUUAUUGGUAGCCGUCAGAUGGGAGAUGGAAUGGCAUUAGUUAGUUACUAGUAUCCGUAUGGACGGCGGCGAUGAAACAGGGGAGCCCCGAGAUGCGUGUAGGAAGGAGAUGCAUGGUACUGUACUCGAGAAUUAUAAGCCGUGUGUAUAUGCGAAAUUGGUUGGCUAGAUCGAUCUGGGCGUAUUUCUCUCUCGAGGCUCUUGCUAUGUUUUUCAUCUUUUUUAAAGAAGACUGGACACUUUGUCGCAUGCAACAAAGCAUGCUGCAUUUUUACAAGGUGUCGGCAAUCAUAUAAUUAUGCACUUGUAUCAGCAUUCAACAUUUAA